UAAGCAGCAGCAGCAAGGCUAGUUCGACCGACGGCAGACUGAGAGGAGCAGCAGAACACGAACAAGAGCGCUUGUCUGGAUAAGAGAGUGGAACGAGACCCGACAUGUCUGCGUCACUGGCACCGGAAUGCAACGAGAUCAAGGAGAGAUACGACUCGUGCUUUCUCAAGUGGUAUAGUGAGAAGUUCCUUCGAGGUAACACGUCGACGAACGAGUGCGAGGAGGUCUUUCAGCAGUACAAGAAGUGUCUGUUUGUAAGUAAAACAACCCAGAGCAGCAAACUUGAACUUUCUUUGAAUUUGGCGGAGGCUGGCAGACACUCGACUGUUGUCAGACGAGGAGAAAAGACCGGAAGUCUGUCAGGCGGGCGGAGUGAAGGAACCAAGGGGGUGGAAGGAGUGCAAGCAUGUCAACCAGCUAACAUCCAACAGAGGACCCUGAAGGAGAAAGGAAUUGACGUGAUGCUUGACGAAGCGAGGAGUUCGAACCGGGAACAGGACGCAGAUUUCUUGUCGAAGAAGAGCAAAUGAAAUGAAAAAAACCUAGGUAACUGUUUGAUCAUUGCACUUGAAUUGGCUGUUACUCUUUUU